AUGGCUCUCAUCUCCCUGGCACAUUUGUUUGUAGCCAUCCUCGGCUGGUUCUCCUUGAACUCUGGGGUGGGCGCUGUGUCAUGUUCUAACCGAAGCACUGACAUCAACGGGACGGCUUUUCCACCGUUGAUUGAGGCGACCACGGAAGACCUCAUUGGAGGCCUCGAAGCCGGUUUGUUCACAAGCGUUGAUCUUGUGACGGCCUAUACCCAGCGCAUCAUGGAAGUCAAUGCGACUCUGCAUAUGGUUACUCAGCUCAAUCCCGACGUACUCUCUAUCGCCGCUCAGCUUGACGGGCAGCGCGCCAAAGGCAUUGUCUAUGGACCUUUGCAUGGGAUCCCCAUACUCAUCAAGAACAACAUUGCCACGGCCGACAAAAUGGACAACACCGCCGGGUCGUACGCUCUAGCAGGUGCCAAAGUUCCUCGAGAUAGUUCGGUGGCCGCAAAGCUUCGGAAGGCCGGAGCGGUGAUUCUGGGCAAGACCAAUCUGUCCCAAUGGGCCAAUUACCGCAGCUUCAACAGCAGCAACGGCUGGUCAGCUAUCGGGGGGCAGACCGAAGGCGCGUAUUAUCCAGGCCAGGAUCCGUCAGGGUCGUCUUCCGGCAGUGCCGUGGCAAGCUCCUUAGGUCUCGCACUUGCGGCUCUUGGGACAGAGACCGACGGGUCCAUCUUGUCACCUUCAGAUGUCAACAACCUCGUCGGGAUCAAACCCACCGUGGGACUGACUUCGAGAUAUUUGGUGAUCCCUAUAUCUGAGCAUCAGGAUACAGUAGGACCAAUUGCUCGCACCGUAAAGGAUGCGGCAUAUGUCUUAGCGGCCAUUGCUGGAAAAUCAGCUUACGACAAUUACACCAAUGCCAUACCCUUCGAGACGAUUCCAGACUACGUGGCGGCGUGUAAUUUCUCUGCUCUGCAGGGAAAGCGCAUUGGGGUUCCACGUAACUUGAUUGACUUGACUGCUGAUCCUCCUGCGGCGCCGAUUGUUGCCGUCUUCGAUGCAGCCCUUGAUAUCUUGCGAAAGGCUGGCGCCACCAUUGUCGACAACACCAAUUUCACCGGCUACAAGGCUCUAAAUGAGGGAAAUUACAGCAACAUCGUCCUUGAAGCGGAUUUUAUCAGCGACCUUCCCAAGGAGUAUCUUUCUCAGCUCUCGUACAAUCCAAACAAAGUGUAUUCUGUUGCCGAUCUCCGCAAUUUCACCCACGCCUUCCCUCUGGAAGACUGGCCUGAACGUGACACACUGGUAUGGGAUGGGGCUCUUGCCUUGGGCUUUGACAAUACAUCACCAGAGUUCUGGUCGAAUUAUACCAUGAAUACCUACCUUGCGGGCCCUCUAGGUGUGACCGGGGCACUGAAGAAUUAUUCUCUGGAUGCGCUUGUCUUACCCACAGAGUUCUCACCCAACUUUCCAGCCUUGAUCGGCUCUCCGGUGAUCACUGUUCCCUUGGGAGCUUAUCCUCCCAACACAACGGUCCUUCUGAACGAAUUCGGAACCUUGAACGCUACAGCACCAAACAUUCCAUUCGGGAUCAGCUUCAUGGGGCCGCACUUCAGCGAAGAACUAUUGAUUGGGCUGGCAUACGCAUUUGAGCAGAGGAGCUUGGUCAGAAACACGAUAACGCCUUACAUUCAACCGGUCACGGAAUUAAUUGAUGUUGUCGACGCAAAGUUGAAGUUGGCGAGGCCGUGA